AUGCGCAAUCAUCUUCAGCGCAAAGGCGUCUUGUCGGCCGUGAUUAUGCUCGUGUCCGGUACCUUUAGCACCGUCUUGAUGAAGACCGAGUACGCUGUGCAUUCUCACGGUAUUUCUACAUGUCUAGAUCCAGACACGGGUGAGCAGACAACGCUGUGUCCCUUCGCCAAGCCCUGGUUUGGCGUGUUGCAGAUGAAAGUAGCCAUGACGCUUUGUCUUGCUUUUCUCUACAUGCGCAAACUCAUACAACGUCGUAAAUAUCUAGAGACGCCAGUACUAAAGAUGCAAAAGGAUAAGCGACGGUAUGUCGUCUCUACACCGUCUGACGAGGAGCUAGAGAUGAUCAAGCGAAAGUACGCGAACCACGCCGAAGCCGAAAGUAAGGUAGAGGCUCUGAAGCAAAAGUAUCAAACGCAUUCGAGUGGACAAAUCAAUGAAAAGUCGCCCCUAUUAGCACCGCGACUCCACGGAGAAGAAAGUCAACAAGGACGAGUCUCACCACGCACCAUGAUAGCGAUUGCGAUACCGUCUUUGUUGGACUUGCUACAGACGGUGCUGUCCAAUGUCGGAUUGCUAUGGAUAUCUUCGUCAGUAUACCAGAUGGCCAGAGGCUCGGUCAUUAUCUUUAGCGCGUUCUUCUCGGUGAGACUCAUGGACAUGAAGCUGCACGGAUAUCACUUUGCAACUAUCUGGAUCGUCAUGCUGGCGGUCGCAAUCGUAGGAUAUGCUGGCGUAGGACACCACAUGAAGGACUCGCCUGCAGACGAUGCUAAAUCGUUCAAUGCAGUAUUAGGACUGUUUUUCAUUAUCACGGCGCAAAUUUUGUGCGCACUGCAGAUCGUCGUGGAAGAACACAUGAUGCUGGCACUAAACGUAAGCCCAAUGUUGCUUGUCGGCUUCGAGGGCUUGUGGGGGUUAGUGUUCUAUGUCGUGUUGGUCCCAGUCCUCACGUUCACUCCUGCUGACAUAGGGUCGGCAUUCGCCCGAACGUGGCACGAAGACUUUGUCGACUCGUUCGUGCAGGUGAAAAACUCACCCACGCUCAUGGUGCUCAUUCUGGCCUACAUUGUAGCGGUAGGCACGCUUAAUGUAACAGGAAACUACGUCACCAAGCAUCUCUCAGCCGUCAUGCGCAGCAUUACAGAGACGCUGCGCACACUCGGUGUCUGGAUAGUCAGUCUUAUUGUCUACUAUGUGAUGCAGUGGCAAGACAUGACGUCACCCGGUGAGCAGUGGACAACCUACAGCUGGCUGGAGCUACUGGGCUUUGUCAUGAUGGUCUAUGGUACGCUCGCGUAUAAACAACUUGUUCGCCUGCCUGUGUCCAGCCUCUACGCAGCGGAACAGCACAAUCUUCAUCGUAACCGCGAUCGCAAAAGAGCCAUCAAGUCGCCUUUCAUAAGCAACUUGCACAAGUAG